AUGGAGGGGCGAGGAGCAGGCCCGAGCCGGGCAACCUAUGAACGCUUGACAGCAGAGGAGAUGGACAAGCAGAGGCAUGAGAACGUGGCCUACCAGUACUUGUGCCGACUGGAGGAAGCCAAGCGUUGGAUGGAAGCCUGCCUGAAGGAGGAGCUCCCAUCCCCGGUGGAGCUGGAGGAGAGCCUCAGGAACGGAGUGCUUUUGGCCAAGCUGGGCCACUGCUUUGCACCUUCUGUGGUUCCCUUGAAGAAGAUUUAUGAUGUGGAGCAGCUGCGUUACCAGGCAACUGGCUUGCAUUUCCGUCACACAGACAACAUCAACUUCUGGCUCUCUGCAAUAGCUCACAUCGGCCUGCCUUCGACCUUCUUCCCGGAGACCACAGACAUCUAUGACAAGAAGAACAUGCCCCGAGUGGUCUACUGUAUCCAUGCUCUCAGUCUUUUCCUCUUCCGCCUGGGCUUGGCCCCUCAGAUCCACGAUCUCUAUGGCAAAGUAAAGUUCACAGCUGAGGAGCUCAGCAACAUAGCUUCUGAGCUGGCCAAAUAUGGCCUCCAGCUUCCCGCCUUCAGCAAGAUCGGCGGCAUCCUGGCCAAUGAGCUCUCGAUGGAUGAGGCUGCUGUCCAUGCUGCUGUUCUUGCCAUCAACGAGGCUGUGGAGCGAGGAGAGGCUGAGGACACACUGGUCACCUUGCAGAACCCUAGUGCUCUGCUGGUGAAUGUGCAAGAACCUCUCGCCACCAUCUACCAGGAGCUUCUGGCUCAGGCCAAGAUGGAGAAAGCUGCCAAUGCCCGGAACCGCGGUGCUGAAGAUAGCCCUGACAUCUAUGACUGCUACCUAACACAGGCGGAAAUCCAAGGCAAUAUCACUCAGGUCAACGUCCAUGGAGCCCUGGAAGCUGUGGAUGAAGCCCUGGAGUGUCAGAGUGCAGAGGCCUUGCUUGAGGCUCUUCGGGACCCUGUCCUGGCCCUACAGGAAGUGAGGCGGGACUCUGCGGCCUGGUACUUGGAGCAGCUGAGCUCAGACAGAGAACAGAAAGCUCAGGAGCUGGGCCUCAUGGAGCUUCUGGAAAAGGAGGAGGUACAAGCGGGCGUGGAUGCAGCCAACAGGAGGGGUGACCAGGAACGUGCUAUGUUGAGAGCUGUGCAGAGGAUCAAUGAGGCCAUUCGCAGGGGGGUGGCUGAGGACACUGUGCGGGAGCUGAUGUGUCCUGAUGCCCAGCUGCCCUCAGUGCACUCCUUUGCUUCUGCCCUGUACCAGAGGGAACUGGUGGUGCUUCAACGGCAGCAGCAAGGGGAGCUAAACCAGGAGGAGCUCUUCGUGGCUGUGGAGAUGCUGUCAGCUGUGGUCCUGAUCAACCAGGCGCUGGAGGCCAGGGAUGCCAGUGGCUUCUGGAGCAGCCUGGCACACCCCGCCACGGGCCUGGCUGAGGUGGAAGGAGAGAACGCUCAGCGUUACUUUGCUGCACUGAUGAAGCAGCGAGCGGAGUGCAGGGCCAUGCUGAGCUGGAAUGAUCUGCAGGCUGCCGUGAGCCAGGUCAACGCCCGUGUGCAGGAGGAGACUGACCAGGUCCUGGCGGUCAGCCUCAUCAAUGAGGCCCUGGAGCAGGACAAUCCUGACAAGACCCUCUCCGCCCUGUUGCUUCCUGCGGCCGGCCUGGACCAGCUCAGUCUUCCGGUGGCACCCCGGUACCACCACCGUCUCUGCACAGCCAAGAGGCAAAAGGCUCGGGUGACCAAGGACCCUGGGGCUGUGCUGUGGCUGAAUGAGAUCUGCCAGGAGGUGCUAAGAGCCAAUGAGGACACGGAUGUAACUCAGAGAAUGGCUCUCGGGCUGGCUGCCAUCAACCAGGCCAUCAAGGAGGGCAAGGCGGCCCAGACUGAGCGUGUGCUGAGGAACCCUGCUGUGGCACUGCAAGGGGUGGUCCCCGACUGUGCCCAUGCCUAUCAGCGAGUCCUGGAAGGUGCCAUGGCAAAGAAGCACCAUUCAGGGGACGCUGCCCUUUGGGUUGCACACAGCCUACAGGAUGGGACCACCUAUUAUCUCCACCUGCAGAGCUUCCAGGGCACCUGGGCACGGCCACCCGGUUGCCGCCUCAACACUUCCCACCUGACUCGGGAGGAGAUCCAGGCAGCUGUCACCAAGGUCACAGCUGCCCAUGACCGGCGGCAGCUCUGGAAGGCCAGCGAGGGCUUCAUUGUCCGGCUCCAGGCUCGCCUCCGUGGCUUCCUGGUGCGGCAGAAGUUCUCUGAGCGCUCCCACUUCCUGAGGACCCACCUCCCUGCAGCCAUCACCAUCCAGGCUCACUGGCGGGGUUACAGAGAGAGAAAGAUUUACCAGGAGAGGCUGCGGUACCUGAGGGCGAAUGUGGAUGCGGUGAUUAAGAUCCAGGCCUGGGCUCGCAUGUGGGCCACUCGCAGGCGUUACCGGAAGCGUCUGGGCUACUUCCAGAAGAAUGUUGGCGCUGUGGUCAAGAUCCAGGCUUUUUUCCGAGCCAGGAGAGCCCGUGGUGACUACCAGGCAUUAGUGCGUGCACCCCACCCUCCUCUCAGCGUGGUUCGGAGAUUUGCCCACCUUCUAAAUCAAAGCCAGCAGGACUUCCUGGCUGAGGCCGAGCUGCUGAGGCUCCAGGAGGAAGUGGUAAGGAAGAUCCGCUCCAACCAGCAGCUGGAGCACGACCUCAACCUCAUGGACAUCAAGAUUGGCCUGCUGGUCAAGAACCGCAUCACACUGCAGGAAGUGGUCUCUCAUUGCAAGAAGCUAACCAAGAAGAACAAAGAGCAACUCUCGGAUAUGAUGGUUCUGGAUAAGCAGAAGGGAUUGAAGUCGCUGAGCAAGGAGAAGCGGCAGAAACUAGAAGCUUAUCAACACCUCUUCUACCUGCUGCAGACGCAGCCUAUCUACCUGGCCAGGCUCAUCUUCCAGAUGCCACAGAACAAAACUACCAAGUUCAUGGAGUCGGUGAUCUUCAGCCUGUACAACUACGCCUCCAACCGUCGUGAGGCCUAUCUCCUGCUCCAGCUGUUCAAGACGGCCCUCCAGGAGGAGAUCAAGUCAAAGGUGGAGCAGCCCCAGGACAUGAUAACCGGCAACCCUACUGUGGUGAGGCUAGUGGUGAGGUUCUACCGGAAUGGGCGGGGACUGAGCGCCCUUCGUGAGAUCCUGGGUAAGGUCAUUCAGGACAUGCUGGAGGACAAGCUGCUCAACAUCCACACGGACCCUGUCCAUCUCUACAAGAGCUGGAUCAACCAAAUGGAGGCCAAGACAGGCCAGCGCAGCCACUUCCCCUAUGAUGUCACCCCAGAGCAGGCCUUGUGCCACCCUGAGGUCCAGAGGCGGCUGGACAUCUCCCUUCGCAAUCUCCUCACCGUGACUGAUAAGUUCCUCGUGGCCAUCUUGUCAUCUGUGGACCAAAUUCCGUACGGGAUGCGUUAUGUGGCCAAGGUUCUGCAAAAUGCUUUGGCUGAGAAGUUCCCCAACGCCACAGAGGACGAGAUCUACAAGGUGGUGGGGAACCUCCUGUACUACCGGUUCCUGAACCCCGCCGUGGUGGCCCCGGAUGCCUUCGACAUUGUGGCCAUGAGUGCGGGCGGAGCCCUGGCCGCCCCCCAGCGCCACGCUCUGGGCGCUGUGGCCCAGCUCCUGCAGCACGCGGCGGCGGGCAAGGCCUUCUCAGGGGCAAACCGACACCUGCGUGUCCUGAAUGACUAUUUGGAGGAGACUCACCUCAAGUUCAGGAGGUUCAUCCACCAAGCCUGCCAGGUGCUUGAGCCUGAAGAGCGCUUUGCCAUGGACGAGUACUCAGACACAGUGGCCGUGGCCAAGCCUCUGGUGUACAUCACAGUAGGGGAGCUGGUCCACACACACGGGCUACUGCUGGAACAUCAGGACGAUAUCGCCCCAGACCACCGCGACCCACUCCACGAGCUCCUGGAGGAUCUUGGGGAGCCGCCCACCAUCGCUGACCUCAUUGGGGACAACAUACCCGCAGAUGGGAAUGUGGACCUGAACAGGCUGGAAGUAUCCCUGACUCUGACCAGCAAAUUUGAAGCUCUAGAGCUAGAUGCUGAGAAGACCACAACACAGGGACUGUUGCUGAGCACUAAGCAGAUGCUGGUUGACAUCUUGCAGUUUCACCCCGGGGACUCUAUCCAGGAGCUCCUGUCCAUCCCGACUUCCAGAGAGCAGGAAGCUGCCCACCAGAGGCUGAUGUGUCGACGGCAGGCCUGCGAGGCCCAGACCCCAACACUCCUGCGGCGGCGGCACUUGCUAUCUGCUGAGACCCUCCUGCCACUGGUGGAGAAGCAGAGGCGUGUCCUGCGCAACCUGCGUCGACUCGAGGGCCUGGGGCUGGUCAGUGCCUGUGACGGCUACCAGAGCCUGGUGGACGAGCUGGCCAAGGACAUCUGCCAGCAGCGGCGGCAUCGGCAGCAGCGUAGGGCAGAGCUGGUGAAGCUUCAGGCCACAGUCCAGGGCCUGAAUGCCAAGGCCACCUUCUAUGAGGAACAGGGUGACUACUAUGCCCAAUACACUCGGGCCUGCCUGGACCACCUGGCCCCCAGCUCCAAGGGUGCCGGCAGAGGGAAGAAGCAUCCAUCGCUCCGCUACACUGCAGCCCAACUCCUGGACAAGGGGGUGCUGGUGGAAAUCGAGGAUCUUCCCCUGUCACACUUCAAAAAUGUCAUCUUUGACAUAACCCCCGGAGACGAGGCGGGAAAGUUUGAAGUCAAUGCCAAAUUUCUGGGUGUGGACAUGGAGCGGUUUCAACUUCAAUACCAGGACCUGCUCCAACUCCAAUACGAGGGUGUGGCCAUCAUGAAGCUCUUCAAUAAAGCCAAGGUCAACGUCAACCUUCUCAUCUUCCUCCUCAACAAGAAGUUCCUGUGCAAAUGAUGAUGGCUGGGACCUGCUGGCACUCUCGCUUUCUCCUGGCUGGACACGUGUGUGUCCUCGCUCUGGCUCACACCUGCUUCCCGCAGAUGCCCAGA